AUGGCUACCAACGCAGGAGAAAAUGUCAUUGCCGACAUGAUCGCCACUCGACCUCCCCCAGAGGUCGUCGAGCAGAUCGCGGCUCAUGACUCGGUUCACAUCCCCCACGACGCCUCUGAGAAAGUCGCAGUCGCUGACAUCGCCUCCUCGAGCGACGAAGACGACGAGAAACCUCUCCCCACCGAAGAGGAGAAGGCGACUUUGCGCAAAGUCUCCGACGACUUGAGCUUUGUCGCGUUUGCUCUCUGUCUUGUCGAGUUUGCGGAGCGUGCUUCCUACUAUGGUGCUCAGAAUGUUUUUUCCAACUUUGUGGAGUUUCCUCUUCCAAAGGAUGGUAAUGGAGCUGGUGCCCCUCCCAAAGGCACCCAAGAAACUGCUGGAGCAUUGAACAUGGGUCUCCAAGCCGCCUCCGGUUUCGUUCUUCUCUUCCAGUUCCUUGCAUACAUUAUUCCCAUCUUCGGCGGUUGGUGGGCAGAUGUCAAAGUCGGUCGAUACUAUGCUAUUGUUGUUGGUGUUUUGAUCUGUGGUCUCGCGCAUAUCAUCCAAAUCUUCGGUGCCAUUCCUGCUGUCCUGCAACGGGGAACGUCAAACUCCGCACCCCCAUUCAUCAUCGGUCUGUUGAUCUUGGCCGUUGGUGCUGGUAUCUUCAAACCCAACAUUGCUCCUACCGUUCUCGAUCAGACGCUCCAUUCCAAGGAGUUUGUCAAGACCUUGAAGAGUGGCGAGAGGGUCAUUGUCUCUCCUGAGUUGACCGCAACUCGCACCAUGCUCAUCUUCUAUGGUGCCGUCAACCUCGGUGCCUUUUACAUGCUUGCAACCUCCUAUGCUGAGAAGGACGUCGGCUACUGGCUCGUUUUCCUGCUCUCGGGUAUCAUCUACUUCCUUCUGCCCAUUCUAUUGUUCGUCAUGUAUAAGCGUACCAAGAAGUCUCCUCCAUCUGGCUCCGAUCUCACCAGUGCCUUCAAGAUCGUCGGAACUGCCCUCAAGAGAAGCAAGUUCCAGUUUUGGAAGAAAGGAUUCUGGGACUCCGCCAAACCCUCCGUCCUGGCCCAGCAAGGCAUCACAGUCAGCUGGAGCGACAAACUGGUGGACGAUGUCAAGCGAACCAUCGAUGCAUGCCACAUCUUCUUCUUCUUCCCCAUCUACAACCUGAACGACGGCGGUAUCGGAUCCGUCCCUUCCAACCAGGGAGCUGCCAUGAUCACCAACGGUGCCCCCAAUGAUCUGCUCACCAACUUCAACCCGCUCACCAUCAUUAUCUUUGUGCCAUUCCUCAGCUACGUGUUUUAUCCCAUGCUGCAACGCUUCGGAUUCAAGUUGGGGCCCAUCGACAAGCUGACUAUUGGUUUCCUCUUGGCUGCCGCUGCCGGUGCCUUUGGCGCUGUUAUUCAACACUACGUGUACAAUCUGUCUCCUUGUGGGUACUAUGCUUCAACCUGCGACGAAGUUGCACCCAUCUCGAUCUGGUGGCAGAUCCCCAACAACGUUCUGAGCGCCAUGUCCGAGUGCUUUGCCAACGUCACUGCUUAUGAACUUGCGUACUCGCGAGCUCCUCCUUCAAUGCGAGGUCUCGUUAUGGCUGUUUUCUUGUUUAUGACUGCUCUUUCAGCUGCUCUGGGUGAAAUCCUGCUUCCUAUUCAGAUUGACCCUUACUUGAUCUGGCUCUGGGCUGCCCCCGCCGUCGCUCUUGUUCUUCAGACCAUCUGGCUCAACAUUCACUUCCGUCACUUGAACAACGAGGAAUUCUUGACCAAUGAGAUCCUUGAGGAGGCCCCUGUCACCAAGGAGGUUCAGGAGAUCAAGGUCUAA